AGUCAUAUGGCCAUUAGCAAUUAAUACAAAACAUAAUCAAACUGAACAGAAUACUUAUUCGUUGCAUAAUUUAAUUCACCCUCCAAACAUCCAAAUAUGCAAAUCAACCGGAAAACAUGAGCUCCCCACUGUCGUCCCUCACUGCAUUCCCCUCCUCACCCAUUCCACCCAAACCACCAGAUAUCCACCUUACUGAAGCACCACUCACAUCCCCCAUUACACAUACUGACAAUCCUACGCACUUUGCCGAAAAUGCCAACAACGAACCACAUUCCACACCAACCAACCAAAUGCAAAUUGACACACCUAUCAAUUCUCCAUGCCAAAAAUCCUUCCUUGAAACACUUACCUCCAACACCACCUCACCCACUUAUAUCACACCCACGACUCCUAUCACUGCUCAGUUAGAACUAACGGAUGAAACAAUUAACGAAUAUGACUCCGAUGACUUCAUUCCCCUCACUGCGGAGGACAAAGCACGACUAUAUACAUCUUGGCAAAACUCCAUUAUCAUCAAAGUUUUUUUGUCGAACCGUGGGACCCCAUCUCCUAAAAACAAAACUAACUAUCACCUGGCAACCCACAGAGGAAAUACACCUCAUAGAUCUGGGCUGCAACUUCUUUCUCAUUAAGUUUCGUUAUGAAGAAAACAUGCAUAAAGCCCUCCAAGAAGGGCCUUGGUUCAUUUUGAAUCAUUUCCUCUCAGUCCGCCGAUGGGAACCCAAGUUCAUCGCCUCAAAUGCCCAGUUAACCUAUGCUGCCAUUUGGGUACGAUUACCUAAAUUGCCUACCGAAUUCUACGAUUACGAAAUCCUCCAAAAGAUAGGCACCAAACUAGGCAGACUCUUGAAAGUGGAUACGUGCACUACCUUAACUACCACAGGACGCUAUGAAUAGAGGUGCCCCUGGAACAACCCCUACGAAAACAUAUCCAUAUUGGCACACACAAACAAGGACUUCUAUAUGAGGGACUCAACCUCCUCUGUACCCGUUGUGGCAGAUUUGGCCACGCAAGUUGGAGCUGCCAAUACUCCUCUACCCCACCUUUGAACUCCCUUCCCACAACCCAAGCCUCCACAUCGCAAUCAGCCUCUCCCCCAAAUACACUACCACGACCAACAUCAGAGUGGAAGACUGUGAGUUUUCCAAAAAUCUAACCAAAGAAAUAACAAGACACAACACAACUACUUACCAGGUUCACCAUCAUCACCACAGAAAGCUCCUAGAACUCUCACGAAGGAGGCAUUGAAGUUUCCCAAGGUAAGCUCAGGUAUGUCCUUAGACCCUAUUCCACUACAAACCACUAAUUAUUUCUCUAAACUCACACAACUAGACUCUAACGAACCAGCUGCACAGCCUGGGAAUGGGCCGCUCACAACUCUUACCAUGCAAAAACCUAUUACAAAGCUCAAUAGCACUAACCCAGUGGAGCCCAACCCAAUAACUAGUCCUACAUCGGCUUCCUUAACCCAUACUCAUACUAAGGGCUCUUUAAUUAACGAUGACCACUAUACUAAUACGACUCUACCAAAUCUUAAUCAUCCAUCCUCCCAUAUUACUCCUACUCUUACUAAUACAAAAAUCAACCCCAACCCUACUACCACACCACCCCACGCCACGACCAAACCUACAGCUGGCCCAAGCCAAACCACGUCAGCCAUGCAAACAGACUCAAUCUUCACCAAAUCUACACAAAAUCUCUCUGACCACCUCCAAUCCAUCUGCCUGCACACCGCCUUAAACGAACCAACCACAGCCCUUCCUUCUUCCACUACACCACCUCCUAAUACGCCUCCUCAGCCCACUCAUCAUUCUACACCAUGUGAACUCCAAUUAUCAAACCUAAAUCCUACUUCUAAUCUACACUCUACAACAACACCUAAUACCACUACUGCCCAUACAUCUACAUACGUAGACGUACAAAACAUCUCUCAUACGGACGACACUCUAUACAUAACCAGCUCAAAUAGCCAUGACACGCCUCUGGUACAUCACACUCGAACAAAAUCACCAACUCAACAGCCAACAAUUCCACUUUCCAUACCUCACCAUGAACGGCCCUCCACACCCCAAUCCCAUAUCUCCACUAAUUUACACCUCCCAAACACCACCACUGGAAUAUCCACUGCAAUCAUGGUUGGAGAUGGGUCUCCAAGGUUACUCCCUUAUCUUCACCAUGGAACUGAACAACCAAGAAAUCAUUCUACUUGUUCAGAACCCAACUCACCUAGCAGAGAUCGUCACGGAGGGGAUGCUACUGGGCAUGCAAGCUGUUGCUCAAACUCAGUGGUCCACCCUCACACCACACCAACUGGACCCGUCGAUGGCAAGGACCUCAGGCCCAUCACCAUGGGAACAAACUCUCAUUCCUCCGCUUCACAACUUCCACCAAAUCUUGGGGACACUCCCAUUCUACCCUCAACACCACACGGGGACACUGUAUGCCCCUUGGUUCCAACACAUGAGCACCUUUCCUCCUCCAGAGUUGAAUCUCUCAUCUACGAGUGUCCAAGCUCCCCUAUCCCUUCUGUUCAGCCCUCCCAUGACACCACCUCCAUCGCCCAACGCACUAGGAGAGUAAACAAGGCAGGAACUCGCUCAAAUCUUGGAGAAAAUGCGAGAAACUCGAACGGAGUUCAUAUGGCUCAAAGGCUUCUACCUCUACAGCCUCAAAGAACAGUUCGCAAAAAAGAUCAUUCUCAAAUGCCCCCCAGACCUCAUCACAUGCAACGUCAACUUCAGUGUCAACCCCGACCCACAAGAAGGCAAAUACUCCAUGGUGAUUGUACCUACCCUGAAAAAGGACACUACAACACCACAGACAUCACAAACUGAUGUUGCUGACUUAGAUAUCCCAACCAACCCCAACUCUAAAAUGAAUUUAAUAGUUUGGAAUUGUAGAGGCUCUAACAACAUGGAAUUUCGACGCCAAUUUAGGUCACUACUAGAUAACUACAAGCCUGCACUAGUUGCCCUACUGGAGACACGCAUGCAUGAUCACACAGUGCUCAAAAAUGAUUUUAACUUCUCUAAUCUGGCACAAGUGGAAGCUCAAAGUAUGUCAAGAGGCAUGGCCCUUCUGUGGAAUGACGAUUUGGUUCAUGUGGAUGAACUCACCAUAACUUCCCAAGAAAUCCAUUGCAUGGUCCAGGCACCUCCUGGACCAGCUGCUUACUCCCACAAUAUCACGUCUACAGGGAGGGGAACCUGGUGGCAGAUGGGCUAGCAAAAGCUGGUUGUAGCAUGGAGCCAACGACAACGCCCACAAUUUUUGCAACGCCACCGCUUUUUGUACAACACUUUUUGCAAACAAGACCAAGCAGGGAUUGACCAUACUAUAAACCAGGGGAGCACACGGAGUGACAACCAUCUCCAAUGGGAUAUUCAGCACACAAGACCUCGUCUAGAUCGACUCUGGCCUAUGUAUGAUCAACAACCAAACAAUCUCAACAAUAGGGGUUAUACCCCAUGUACCAAUGUAACUAACAUAAACUAUAACUUAGAUGCAUCAGCAUCACCCCCUCUGUAGCUACUCUUUUAAUUAAUGCAAGUAUUUUCCUACUAAAAAAAAAAAAUGCAAAUCAAAAGACCAUGGACACAAA